AUGCCGCUCCUCCUCCUCCCCGCCGCCGCGCGCCCCCUCGCGCCGCCGCUCCUCCACCCCUCUGCCGCCGGAGGAGCGGCCCGCCCCUGUGGGCCCGCCCUGCAACGAGGGCCCCGGUUCCGGCGGCGCGGCGUGAGCAGCGCGGCGGUGGCGUCGGAGAGGCCGGCGGUGGAGGGUGGGAGUGGGCGUGGGGGUGGGUACGACGCGAUCGUGGUGGGGUCGGGGAUCGGCGGGCUGGUGGCGGCAACGCAGCUGGCGGCGAAGGGGGCGCGGGUGCUGGUGCUGGAGAAGUACGUCAUCCCCGGGGGAAGCUCCGGGUACUACCGCCGCGACGGGUUCACGUUCGACGUCGGCUCCUCCGUCAUGUUCGGCUUCUCAGACAAGGGGAACUUGAAUUUGAUCACACAAGCACUAGAAGCUGUUGGGCAUAAGAUGGAAGUUAUACCGGACCCUUCUACAGUUCAUUUCCACCUGCCAGGUGAUCUCUCUGUUCUUGUGCAUAGAGAGUAUGAUGACUUCAUCGCAGAGCUGGUUAACAAAUUUCCUCAUGAGAAGGAAGGAAUUCUGAAAUUCUAUGGCACAUGUUGGAAGAUCUUCAAUUCGUUAAAUUCUUUGGAGCUGAAGUCCCUUGAGGAGCCCCUAUACCUUUUUGGGCAGUUUUUUCAGAAGCCUCUGGAAUGUUUGACUCUUGCUUAUUAUCUGCCACAAAAUGCUGGGGAUAUUGCUCGCAAGUUCAUAAAAGAUCAGCAAUUACUCUCCUUCAUAGAUGCUGAGUGCUUUAUUGUGAGCACAGUCAAUGCCUUGCAAACGCCCAUGAUCAAUGCAAGCAUGGUCUUGUGCGAUAGGCACUUCGGGGGAAUUAACUAUCCUGUUGGUGGCGUUGGUGGUAUUGCUAUGUCCUUGGCAGAUGGACUUGUUGACAAAGGCAGUGAAAUAUGCUACAAGGCUAAUGUGACCAAUGUUAUUUUAGAAAAUGGCAAAGCUGUUGGAGUCAGGUUAUCAAAUGGGAAGGAAUUCUUUGCUAAAACAGUUAUAUCAAAUGCCACCAGAUGGGAUACAUUUGGUAAACUCCUGAAGGUUGAAGAGCUUCCAGAAGAGGAGAAAAACUUCCAAAAGAAUUAUGUUAAAGCAUCGUCAUUUCUUUCCAUCCAUAUGGGUGUCAAAGCCUCAGUUUUGCCUGCUGAUACUGAUUGCCACCAUUUUGUGCUUGAGGAUGACUGGGCUAAUUUGGAGAAGUCUUAUGGAAGCAUAUUUUUAAGUAUCCCUACAGUGCUUGACCCAUCCUUGGCUCCUGAAGGACAUCAUAUACUUCAUAUUUUUACGACUGCAGGCAUAGAAGAUUGGGAAGGUCUGUCUAGGAAGGAUUAUGAGAAGAAAAAGGAGCUUAUGGCAAGUGAGAUAAUAAAAAGGCUUGAAAAGAAGCUGUUUCCUGGUCUCCAGGAUGCAAUAGUACUCAAGGAAGUAGGUUCACCAAAAACACAUCGAAGAUUUCUUGCCCGAAAUGAUGGUACAUAUGGACCCAUGCCACGGGGCAAACCAAAGGGAUUGCUAGCAAUGCCUUUUAAUACUACUUCAAUAGACGGCCUGUACUGUGUUGGCGACAGCUGUUUUCCGGGGCAAGGUGUAAUUGCUGUGGCAUUUUCAGGGAUCAUGUGUGCUCAUCGAGUUGCAGCUGAUAUUGGACUAGAACAAAGAUCUCCUGUACUAGAUGCUGGUCUUCUUGGACUCCUCAGAUGGUUUAGAACACUUGCAUAGAAUGGUACGGAUAAAGAUUGGUUGACCAGACGGCGAUUGAUUUUAUGACUACAGAAGAGCGCCUUCUUGCAGAUGUCAUGGUUACUGCAUAUGUUUGUUUUGGUGACCCAUACAUGGACCAGGCAGCAGUUUUUGCCCUCUAGGGGUCAGAAAGUUGGAUUUUCAGCAGCAGUGAUGAUCCCUGACAGGCUGAAGCUUCAUGGAAAAACCGUACAGGUUUCAAUUGUUCUUGGAAGCAACAGGCGUCACGGCUAAUAUAUGCAAAUAUGUACUUCAGAGCCUUUACACAUGUGACUACAACCUACUGUCUCAUGUAUGCCCAUGUUGUAUAUUGACAAUUGAGAGUACUACACCCGUAGCUGUAUAUAAUGCAAGUCUUGCAGUAAUGCAAGUCAGAUACAACUGCAAUCUUCCGAAGAUAGAUGGGCUUUCGUCCUAAUUUUAUGAAGCAAAUUAGACUAACUGCCUCAUCGUAAAUUUCCAACCUAACAU